CUGCAGAGCGGCUCGAACUGACAAGCGCUCCCAGUUUCCCACAAACCCAGACCCGUGCGUGAGAAGCAGGGCAACGAACGAAACUGCUAGCACACCGUCGCCACGCCGCCUCCCAGUUCCGUUCCGGCUCUCCCUUGCCGUCGGCCCGCCGCCCGCCCGUAGCCCCUUCCCUUGCCGCCCCCCUCCUCUCUUCGCUCACCUACCCACCCCUUGAUCUCGCGUCGAUUCUUGCAAGUUGGAAGCAGUGCCAAAUCUCGAUCCGCCCCACGGCCAGCUUCACCAUCGCCGGCGGCUGGACCCUCCAGCCCUCGACGCCUCUCCAAGCUGCAGCCGCGUCUCCAGCCGCGUCCCCAUCGUCUGGUUCCGCAAAGCAAGGAAUUGCACAGCCUCAACAUCUACAGUCAUGUGGAUUCAUACUUCUUUGGAGGGCAAUGCUCACGAAUUUACCAAACUACCUGGUUAUCAGGGAGUGGACCGUCCUGUUUCAGAAUCCUAGAUCCGCCACUUGGACAUGGCAGAUACCAAGCUGGGAGCGACCGCCAUGGCGCAGUGUCAAGAGGGUUCGGCGGAGGAGGGGCAGGAGCAUCGCCUGCGGGCGGCGCUGCGCCACCUGCAGGCGGAGUCCGGAGUGCUCGAGCGCCUCAUCUACAAGCACCGGAACCAGCACCGUGGCGCCGCCUACUUCCAGUACCUCCUCAAGGUGCGGAGGGACAUGAAGCUACUUCUCAGUGCCAAUCUCGCGGAGGUCAUCAACGCGGUGUUCCCGGUCAUCACCUGUCAUAAGCCGGCCAACACUAUUCUUGUUCCGAACAGGCAGGGUAAGAGGAAGCCUGGUGCAAACCAUAGCCAUUAUAAGAGGCUUUUGGGGGUUGCCCGUUUGCUGUCCCAGAUGGCUGAACCUGUUAUGAAGGGAGCAGUUCAGAUCAGCUUUUUACUUGCUAGAUCUUUUUUUGUAGAACUUUGCACUGCAGUGCUUGCUUUGCUUGCAAGAGUGAGGGUCCUGACCCAACAGAUGUUACUUGAUGUUGUAUCAGUGCACAACAAGGUUACUGAUCUUACGGAUAAAAAGCAGGCUGUUAAGAUCAGUAUUGAUAAAGUACAGGCUUUCAGAGAGUACUACCCCUCGAGCAAUGAUCCCAAUACUAUCCUGGAGUGUGUAUGGGUGAAAGAUAAAUUUGUUUUGCAUGAAAAGACCAAAGCUAGCAGUCAGAAAACCCAAGAUGAGGGUCUGAAGUGCACUCCGGAUUCAUCAAUCAAGUAUGAGACCAUUGGACUUGUUAGUGAAGAUGUGACAUUAUCAGAGAUGGAAAGCCUUGAUGGAGCAAACACCCCAGCCAAGCAACAACAUGAUGCUUCUCUGUCUGACCAACCAGAUAAAGCCACCCGUUGCGGCGACGCUGGAGAUUCUCACAGUGGGAGGCGACUACCAAAUGAUCAAAACACUCCGGGCUCUCUUGUUAGCACGCCCGGUGCUGCGCCGGCACCACGCAGAGAUGUCAAGCCCGAUACGAGGAAGAGAGUGGCGUUCAUUGCGGUGGGGAAAACAAAAGUCACGGUGACACCGCCUGAAACAUCAUCAUCCGUAGCUGCCAAGAAGCAAAGAGUGGACACGAUUCCACGGACCACCGCAGGAUAGAUCCUGCUUUGUAACUCUUGAAAGAACAACCGGCAUUGGUGAAGCGAAUAAAGGGCUAAUACAUAUGCACACCUUAGUAGUA